AUGUUAGUUGUAGGAUCAGCCGUUCCAACAAGCUUCAGAGCUCUCCAACAGUACCUCUUCUCUCUCUUGCAAACCAGCAACACCGUCAAAAACCUCACCCAAAUCCACACCCAAAUACUCAUCAACGGCCUUUCCCAGAAAAAUUUCAUUCUUGUAAAGCUCAUCUAUCUAUACAUAUCUUCAGGUUAUAUCUCAAACGCCCAACGAAUUUUCCAACAGAUUGAAAACCCAAGCACUACCGUUUGGAAUCAAAUCUUAAGAAGCCACGCUCGGAGCGAAACACCGUGUAAAUCAAUCGAGCUCUACAAUCGAAUGCAAAGAACUCAGGCCUUGCCUGAUGGGUUCACUUAUUCUUUUGUAAUUAGUGCUUGUUCGAGGUCUGGGUUGUUGAGAGAGGGAGAGCAGAUUCAUGGGAAAGUAAUUUCGAAUGGGUUUUGCUCCAAUGUGUUUGUUCAAACCAAUUUGGUUAAUUUGUAUGCUAAGGCUGGUGAGAAAGUUGGUGUUGCGAAUGCGUGUCGCGUGUUCGAUGAAAUGUCUGAGAGAAAUGUUGUCACGUGGAAUUCCUUGCUUGCGGGUUAUCUUAGGAGUAAAGAUAUUGACAAGGCGCAGAGAAUUUUUGGUGAAAUGCCAGAGAGGAAUGUUAUUUCAUGGACCACCAUGGUUGCGGGUUGUGCUCAAAAUGGGAGGUCUAAGCAAGCACUGUUUUUAUUUCGCGAGAUGAUGAGAGAGAAGAUAGAAUUGGACCAGGUGUCAAUGGUUGCAGCACUAUCGGCUUGUGCUGAAUUAGGAAACUUAAAAUUGGGGAAGUGGAUUCACUCAUACGUCGGUGCGACUUUUUGUUUUAGAAACCAACCCGUGCUAGUGUCAUUAAACAAUGCACUCAUACACAUGUACGCGAGUUGUGGUGUGGUUGAGGAAGCAUAUAGAGUAUUCCUUGAGAUGCCACGGAGAACGUCUAUUUCUUGGACAAGCAUGAUCACGGGUUUUGCAAAACAAGGGCGAGGAGAAGAAGCUCUUCGCGUCUUCCACUGGAUGCAAUGCUCUGGAGCCAGUGAAGCAAGGCCCGAUGCGAUAACCUUCAUCGGGGUCUUGUGUGCUUGCAGCCAUGCUGGUUUUGUUGAUGAGGGUCGACAUUUUCUCAAGUGGAUGAAUCAAGCUUGGGGCAUUGAGCCUAGGAUUGAACAUUAUGGUUGCAUAGUUGAUCUCUUAAGCCGUGCUGGUUUGUUGGACGAAGCAUACAGGCUUGUUGAGACAAUGCCCAUGAAGCCAAAUGAUGCUGUUUGGGGGGCAAUACUUGGUGGUUGUAGAAUUCACAAGAAUGUGGAACUCGCUUCCCAAGUUGCUCAAAAGUUGGCUGUCGAACUUGACCCUGACCGAGCUGCUGGCUAUCUUGUGCUUUUGUCAAAUGUGUAUGCUACUAGUAAGAGGUGGCACGACGUUGCAAUUGUGAGACGGAAGAUGGUUGAGAUGGGUGUGAAGAAGCCUCCAGGCAGGAGUUGGGUCCAGAUCGAUGGAAUCAUUCAUGACUUCGUGGCAGGAGAUAGGACCCACAGUUGUGCAUAUUCAAUCUACGAGGUGCUUGGAGAGAUCACCGCACUAACCAAAUCGGAACGAUAUGAGCCAGACAAUUUAGACGUUCUUUUGGACAUUGAUAACUAG